CAAAUUAUAAAAAUAUAAUUCCCUGAAAUCUGAUAUAUAUAAUAAUAGUCGUCGGUUUAUUGUCGUCGUCUUCAUCUUCUUACAAAUACAAUCAUCUUUCACCAAAAAUAAAGUCAUUGUUUUAUAUUAUAAAUUAAAUUUUUUUUUCAUCAAAAAACUAUCCAAUAAAAAAAAAUGGAACGUGAAGAACUUGUACAACGCGCCAAGCUUGCCGAACAGGCUGAAAGAUAUGAUGAUAUGGCUGCUGCCAUGAAACAAGUCACCGAAACCGGCACCGAAUUAUCGAAUGAAGAACGUAAUCUUUUAUCAGUAGCAUACAAAAAUGUUGUUGGAGCAAGACGUUCAUCAUGGAGAGUAAUCUCAUCGAUUGAACAAAAAACUGAAGGAGCUGAACGUAAACAACAAAUGGCACGUGAAUAUCGUGAAAAGGUCGAAGUUGAACUUCGUGAUAUUUGUUAUGAUGUAUUGUCACUUCUCGACAAAUACCUGAUUCCUAAAGCAAGCAAUGCUGAAAGUAAAGUUUUUUACUUGAAAAUGAAGGGUGACUAUUAUCGAUAUUUGGCUGAAGUGGCUACUGGUGACCGAAGGACGAGUGUUGUUGAAGAAUCGCAAAAAGCCUAUCAAGAGGCAUUCGACAUCUCUAAAAAUGUUGCUGAAGAAGCCCAAAAAUCAUAUCAAGAAGCAUUUGACAUUUCAAGAUCUAAAUUACAACCAACACACCCUAUUCGUCUUGGUUUGGCAUUGAAUUAUUCAGUUUUUUAUUAUGAAAUAUUGAAUGCUGCUGAUCGCGCCUGUCAUCUUGCCAAACAGGCCUUUGAUGAUGCCAUAGCCGAGUUGGAUACACUCAAUGAAGAUUCAUACAAAGACAGCACUCUAAUUAUGCAGCUUCUUCGUGACAACUUAACUCUUUGGACAUCCGAUACACAAGGUGAUGGUGAUGAGCAGCCAGAUGCUGGCGAUAAUUGAUCAUAACCGGAUCUCCUCCUUACUACCACCACCAUCCCCCUUCACACACAUAAAUAUUCUUUAUCCUUCUCUAUUAAUUUCUUUUUGUCUCUCGUUUUGUCUCGUUACACAUACACACCACCAUACAUUUAAUAAAUAACAACAACAGAAAAUACC